GUUGCUAACCGUAAGCGUUACACGGAGGAGGAGAAUGACGAUCUGGACGACCAGCGGGCUGCUGACAGGCCUGGACAAACACAAGCAGCUCAACGAGUCUGUCAUCGUAGCGCUGUUCCAGGGACAACUGUCUGAAGCUGUUUUCUAAGGAGGAGAAGCUGACCGACCAGAACAAGGUGUUCUGUCGACACUGUAAAGCUCUCAGAGACUCCAUCAAGAAGCUGGAGAUCUGGAAGGUUCCGCCCAUCAUACUGGUUCACCUUAAACGGUUCUCGUACGAGGGCCGUUGGAAGCAGAAGCUGCAGACGGCAGUAGACUUCCCUCUGGAGAAUCUAGACCUCAGUCAGUAUGUCAUCGGACCCAGAGCCAGCCUCAAGAGAUACAACCUGUUUGGAGUGUCUAACCAUUAUGGCGGUCUGGACGGGGGUCACUACACAGCCUACUGUAAGAACGCAAUGAAACAGCGCUGGUACAAGUUUGACGACCACGAGGUCUCCGAAAUCUCCACCUCCACCGUCAAGUCCUCCGCUGCGUACAUCUUCUUCUUCUCCUCCCUGUGAGGGCAGAGCUGCAACACUGCUAGGAGCUAUGAGGCUACAUAAAGGCMACAUAAAGGCUAGCUAACAUGCAGGCUGCUUUGACUCKGCUUCCUCUGCUGGUGGGAGAAAGGAACUGAACUGAACUGCCAGGGGUCAUACUUGUGGUUUAAACCAUUAGUCUAAAAUAGCUGCUAGCUUUUUCUCUCAGGCCAACCUGGCCAAAUUAGCCACGAUGCUAAUUAGCCACCACGCUGAGGAAGGCCAGCUAAGCAGAUGAUUAUAUCCSAUAACAAAUCAACCUAUCAGAUAACUUAGAGCCACCAUCCAAUCACAUUUGUUCAUUAGGUAAAUUUGCUUCCAACUGAUUGGUUUYAUUUGUUACCCAUGGUCUAAGUGGAGUUUCAUCAAUAUAUUUUUUGCAUGAUGCUUCCUUGACUAGGCAAGUGGCAUCAUACCAAAUGACGGUUUUCGCAUAUAUGAUCAAGUUCCGUGUUUUUUCUUAUCCAUUUAACACACAUCCGUGUACUUUUCAAUUAACAAAGUAGGAGGAUUAUAUUGUAACUUUGUUAUUCAUACAUUGUAAAAGGCGAUGACUCUC